ACCCCAACCAAGCAAACUUUGCUCCGCGCUCUCCGCCCCCUGAGGCCGCUCUCCGGCUCCUGCCUUGGCUCUGCGGCGGACGAGGCGAUGGCCGGCGGUGAGUACAAACUGCUGCUCGAAGGAGCCGAGCAACUGGUGCUUGUUUGCACCCAAGGCGAGCAGUAUCUCUUGGAGGCCGGCAUGGAGCAGCUGGCCCUGCGGGGAAACGCCAGCGUGGUAAUCGGCAAAAAUGGGUGCAUAGAAGCAGUUGGUGAUGUAAGGGCCAUUCGUGAGCAAUUCUCUGGAGCAACUUUUGACAAAAUAAUUGAUUGCUCUGGAAAGUGCAUUUUACCAGGUCUAGUAGAUGCACACACACAUCCUGUAUGGGCUGGUGAUAGGGUGCAUGAAUUUGCAAUGAAGUUGGCAGGUGCUUCCUAUAUGGAUAUUCAUCAAGCUGGAGGAGGAAUACAUUUCACUGUGGAACAGACUCAGAAAGCCCGAGAAGACGAACUCCUUAAAAGUUUCAAAAUCCGUCUGUUACGGAUGCUCCGAGCAGGCACCACUUUGGUUGAAUGCAAAAGUGGAUAUGGUUUAAAUCUGGAAACAGAAAUUAAGAUGCUCAGGGUCAUUGAACGGGCUAAAAAAGAAUUGGACAUUGGUAUUUCUUCCACCUACUGUGGAGCUCAUGCAAUUCCUAAGGGGAAAAAUGCUACAGAAGCUGCUGAUGACAUUAUCAACACCCAUCUUCCUAAACUCAAAGAACUUGAUCUUAAUGGUGAAAUGCAUGUUGACAAUAUAGACGUCUUCUGUGAGAAGGGUGUCUUUGAUCUGAGUUCUACCAAAAGAAUUCUUCAGGCUGGAAAAGCUAUAGGGUUACAAAUGAACUUCCAUGGGGAUGAGCUGCAUCCAAUGAAAAGUGCUGAGCUUGGAGCUGAACUGGGUGCACAAGCCAUAAGUCACCUAGAAGAAAUCAGUGAUGAAGGAAUUCUUGCCAUGGCCCAGGCAAAAUGUGCAGCUGUCCUAUUGCCAACCACUGCCUACAUCCUGAGAUUGAAACAGCCUCAAGCUAGAAAAAUGUUGAAAGAGGGAGUAAUUGUGGCUCUUGGGAGUGAUUUUAAUCCAAAUGCUUACUGUUGUUCUAUGCUGAUGGUCAUGCAUUUAGCCUGUGUAAACAUGAAGAUGUCCAUGAAGGAAGCCUUAGCUGCUGCCACCAUUAAUGCUGCUUAUGCUCUUGGGAGAUCUCACACCCAUGGGUCUAUUGAAAAAGGCAAACAAGGAGAUUUCAUUAUCGUUAACUCUCCAAGGUGGGAACAUAUAAUCUAUCAAUUUGGUGGCCAUCAAGAAUUGAUUGAAUAUGUAAUUAUUAAAGGAAGUAUUGUUUACGAAAAUGACAGCAUUCUGCAAUACUAGGUAUAUUCUCUAAGAAUAAAUAGCACAGUUGCCAGAUCUUCAAAGUGCACACAGAACAAAGUCCUUCAGGAUUGGGCGGCCUAUAAAUUCAAUAAAUAAAAUAAAAAUAAAUAAAAUAAACAGUAAAAUAUCACAUUUAUGUAAAACCUGAAUGUUAUACUUGUUUACCAUACACAAGUGCAGGAUUUAAUUGAUUGUCAUUCCUAUUUUUAAUAAAAAACAAUGGCUUAUUUUAUUUUUAAUGUUCCUUUUUCUUAGCAAAUUAUGAAAUAAAUAUAUAUAGGUCUUAAAUCUCUUCAGUUUCUUUCAAUUCCAGUUCAUUGAUAUGAUUUGUAAUUAGAGUGAGAAUACAAUAAAGAAGAUUCAAAUAAUUGCACAUUUGUUAUCUUGUCUUCGUGAAGAAGUUGUUUUGUAUUUCUUUCAAAUAGCACAACUUAUCAUUUAAUGGGAGCACACUGAAGAGCAGUUUAUAAUGUAUCAUGGGAAGGUUAUAUAUACACAUGUGGAAAUCUUGUUUCCAGACAGCUAGUUAGAUAUGAUUUAGUCCAGACUGUAGGGUGACACAAUCUAAGCACACAUUAUUUUAUCUAUGUAGCUAGUCUACACUUAAUCAUGAGGCCAAAAUGUGACAUUGUCCUACCCACCUUAUUGUGGGUCAUCUUAAGGUGCAGAGAUUAACAGAUUUCCCAAUCAUCAAUUAACACAACCGACUCUUAAAUUCCACUGUGUAUGCUGAGACUAGGUGAGGAGACAGGAUGGACAGACAGCUUCAGCCACAUGUCAGAAAUAUUGUGCUUUGUUUUAGAAAUCCCCGGAUCUCUUUCAACACCACCAGAGAAUGUGAUAAGCUAGAACCUGUAGCAGCAUCAAUGAGCUACAGAAAGUGCUUACAUUCAGAUUACUUCUUUACACAAUUAGUGUUACUGCUGCUACUUCUCUCAAGUCAUGUCACUCUAGCAGCACAAAACAAAAUCAGCCAUGGAGGGAAAAACACAACGACUGGAUAGAAAGCAACAUGUUUGCAGAAUGUAGGCAAAUUUCAAAUCGUCCACAGCAUCAUAAGAGUCACCACCAAAAUGUCACAUUUAGGCUUGUAUAGGAAAAGAUGGGAAAUAGUGCUUCCACAUUAGAUUAGAAAAAUCCAAAGCUUGCCUUAGCUCUGUUAACUAGGAAUAGGAGGAACCCUAUCUCAUACAAAGAAGCUCAUCAACAGCUGUUUAUUUGUUUAACAAACCUUUAUUUUCAGAUUGGAGGUAAGAGGAUAUGAAGAAAUAUAGUCUUAUAAAACUUUUAAGAUGUGGCUUAUAGCCUUCAAGCUUGGCAUUACUACCAAAUUGUAUUUUACUAUACUUCUACAAUAUCUCUCAUUGCUUCUGCAUAUUAUGCACAGUUCUAGUGCUGGAUUAAUUUGGUAUAAAGUGUGAAUUUAGUAUUCGUUUCUGAAAAGAUUUAAGAAUUAAUUUCUGUAAAAAUUGUAACAUUAAAUUUAUUUAUUAUAAUAUACUGGAACAGUGUAUUCAUAUUAAUUUUGGCUUAACAUUGAUUUUUAUUAACUUUGCCAUGAAAUGUAAUUUCUGCACAGGAUUACAUUCCAAUCCCCUCUCCAUUUAUUUUGUAAUAAAUUAAAUCUAUAUAUUCUCUUUUUCAAUUUGUGAAAUAGCAAAAUUAUUUCAACAACGUUUUUAUCAGUAUUUUUGGUUUUGGAAAUAACACCCUUCUCCCAAUACCCU